AUGGUUUCGCCAUCGGCAGAAGUAACUGAGGCUUUCGCGGAAACGAUGCAAUCUCUUGGGUUACUCCUGGAUAAGAAAAGUCGUUUAUCGCUAAUCUCGAAAAUCGUCGACUCCUUGAACUCUGCUCAGCUGCUUGACAUGUUCUGCCUUUUCGUUCUUCAAUCGCAGGACCCUUUGAUAAUGAGGCAAGUACUGAUGUUGCCGUUUUGUGGAGAACGAUCUUCGUCUCGUCUAUGUACUGGAAUAGCUAAUCAUGAAGAGAAUAGCGCUGAAGCGUUUUCAUUAAAAGAAACGGUUACCUUCGACAUAGACUGUGCACUUGCAAAGGGAAUGCUUUUGAGUGGGAAGACUGAGGGCCUCAAACUUUUCGAGCAGCUGCUUGGUCGUCUCUGCCGUGAAAAUACAGCCAGUGGCGAUCUACUUUUGGACCAGUUGAACGAUCUCCUUGACUUUGACAGUGCCGCGAACAAUCCUGAACGUUGUCUAUUCAGAACUACGUUCUUAUGGAGGCAG